AUGAAGCUCCCCACCUUUCCCAAGGUGUACAACACCUACUUCGUUGCAAUCAUUGCAACCGUCGGCGGCAUGCUGUUUGGCUUUGACAUCUCCUCCAUGUCAGCCAUAAUCGGCACAAGCCAGUAUAUCGACUAUUUUGACAACCCCCAUGGCGUCCGGCAGGGCGCUAUCAACUCUGCUCUGGCAGCUGGAUCCGUGAUCGGAUCACUCAUGGCCGGACCCGUCUCCGACAAGAUCGGUCGUCGCGACUCGAUCUUCUUCGCUGGCUUCUGGUGGCUGAUUGGAACUGCCGUCCAGGCUGGUGUCAAUAGCUUUGGCUCCCUGAUGGCAGGUCGCGUUUUGAAUGGGAUCUGCGUUGGAAUCACAUCUUCCCAGGUCCCCGUAUAUCUGGCUGAGAUCACGAAGAAGGAGAAACGAGGGUCGAUCAUUGUGAUUCAGCAACUGGCCAUCGAGUGGGGUAUCUUCAUCAUGUUUUUCAUCGGCUACGGCUGCUCGUUUAUUCCAGGUCCUCCUUCUUUCCGACUUGCCUGGGGCCUGCAGUUUGUCCCCUGUGUGAUCUUGAUGAUCGGAUUGCCUUUCCUGCCUGAAUCUCCUCGCUGGCUGGCCAAGGUCGAUCGAACCGAGGAGGCUAUCACAACACUGGCUCGCAUUCAAGCAGGGGGUAACGUGGAUGAUCCCCUGGUUGUGGCCGAAUGGGAGGAAAUCACUACGGUUCUGGCAGCAGAGCGAUCUGCUGCUCCUGGCUGGCGCAAGUUCUUUUACAAUGGAAUGUGGCGUCGUACCAUGGCUGGAUUCACUGUCCAGGCAUGGCAGCAAAUGUCAGGAGCCAAUGUCAUGACAUACUACGUUGUCUAUGUCUUCCAAAUGGCCAACAUGACUGGUAAUAUUCUGCUCAUUUCAUCCGGCAUCCAGUACGCUCUAUUCAUCAUCUUCACCUCGAUCAUGUUCUUCUUCAUCGAUAAAACGGGUCGUCGCACGUUGCUCAUGUAUGGGGCGAUUGGCAUGGCUUUGUGUCAUUUCGUCGUUGGGGGGGUACUCUCAGCAGGGGAAUAUGUUCCAGACGGUGUUGACAACAACCUCAAUGUCUUGAUCCGAGUAAAAGGCCCGAAAGCUCAUACGGUGAUUGCUUUCUGUUAUUUGCUCAUCAUAAUAUACGCCCUGACACUUGCGCCCGUCGCCUGGGUGUAUGCUGCAGAGGUCUGGUCUCUGGAAACUCGGGCUAUUGGGAUGAGUAUUGCAGCUGUCGGAAAUUGGCUUUUCAACUUCGCACUGGGUCUCUUCGUUCCUCCGGGCUUUGCAAAUAUUACUUGGAAACUAUUCAUCGUUUUCGGAAUCCUCUGCGUUGCCGCUGCCGUGCAAGUGUUCUUCACCUAUCCCGAGACCUGCGGAAAGACGAUCGAAGAGGUGGAGGAGCUUUUCAGUGAUGGUGGUCCCAAGCCUUGGCAUACUAAGCCCGGUCACUCUAAUUUGGAUGGUCUGAUUGAAGAAGUUCGGGAUAAAGGCCUGCACGCCAAAGAUGUGGUCGAUCGCCAACACCACGACGGCCUGCACUCAGCCUCAGCCACCCUGCCUGAGAAAGCGGGCGCUGCCGCUAGCCCCGCUUGA